AAAGAAAAGAAAAAGAAAGAAAAGAGAGAGCGAUAUUAUAAGAGGGAAAAUGCCAAAGUUGAAAUCGAAACUGAAACCCUAAAUCGCGGGAAAAAUCGAAGGCAUUAAUGGCGGGAAACAAAAAUUAACACCACAACACAACCCUUUUUCUAAUUUACAGUAUAUUACAACUUCUUUUUCACAAUUUGUUCUCACUCAAGCAGUUACACUUCUCUCGCUUUUCGAUUUCUCUUUCUAGGGUUUCGAAAAUGUUCUCCAGCUCCCAAUUUGACUCCUCCAACGCCUUCUCCGGCGGCGGAUUCACGUCCUCGCAACUCAACGAAUCUUCUCCGGCACCGACUAAGAGCCGCGAUUCUCAGGGUUUGGUUCCAGUUACAGUGAAGCAGAUCAGUGAAGCUUCUCAAUCUGGUGAUGAAAAGUCCAAUUUCGCGAUCAAUGGCGUGGAUCUCACUAAUGUCCGUGGAUAUAUAUACUUUUGGGAUGAGCCUAUGAUAUUGUGGGGACUCCAUUUUGAUGAGAUCCCCUUUCCCUUUAUCGAUUGCAUACAUAGCCACCUCCUUGCCAAAGUUAAGUUGGAAGGAACCCCUUCUACAUAUCCUCCAACAAACUCGUCUAUCAACACUCCUGUCAAAAGUGCACUGAAUGGAUCUCAGGCACCAUCCAAUCCGGGAUAUACACAAUAUAGCACUGAUGGACUUAAGGACUGUGAUAAAUUAGUGAUUGACUAUCUGCAGCAGCAUUCAAGCAUGUUAGAUGAAAGGGGAAUACAUGUUGAAGAACUAGCAAGAGAGCUCAAGCUUCCAUUGGACAGGAUCAAGUUGUCUGUAAAGGCUCUUGAAGAUGAUGGUCUGGUAUACUCCACCAUAGAUGACUCCCACUACAAACAAGCUUGAUACUUUCUGUCAUCAAACUAAUAUAGUUGAGGAUUGUGCUGGUAUAGGACAAAUACCACCAAUGAUAUUGGUGUUGAUUUGUUUUAGUUCAUAGGUUGAUGUAGAUAUUUUCUGGAUCAAUUAAUCUAUAUUUGCCAAAAAAACUGUAUGAAUCUUGUUUGUUGA